AUGUCAACUUUACUAUACAAACAAGGUCCUGAUUUCACCGACUCUACAGGCUCAUUCUUGAAUAGUGCUCCAGUAGAAAUCUCAACUGUUAAGGGUUAUCAUGACUUCAUUGCAAAGCAAAAGAAAUACGACAAUAUCCAAACUAUUUUCAACGACAAUAAAUCAGAAGGUUAUGUAUUGAGAGACAGUGAAGUAAUUGCAAACAUCACAGGUGAUGCAAGGGAUUACUUAUUAGAAUUGGCUGGUUCAGUCUAG